AUGAGGUCGGAGAGCUUGGCAGCAGCAGUGCCACCUUUCCCACGGUGCCGCGAACUUAGCCGCCGCCGCGUCGGGCUGCAGCUCCUGCGGAUGUUUGCCCUGGAGGGCCAGCGCCGCGUCAUGCGCCGGGAGUUGGAGGCCAUGCAGAUGGCCAAGAUCUCUCAUCAGGAGGUUGUCGAGUUCCGGCAGGCUCGCAGAAUGGCGGAGAAGCGUGUGGACCCCGCGACCGGAGAGGCGGUUACGCUUAAGGAGCUGAUGGCACACUACAAGGGGACGUACAAGAAGCGGGAGCUUGAGGAUUACUGGGACGGCUAUUGCAAGGCGCCCAAGUCCAAGAAUUCCAAAGCGAAGAAGACCAAGGAGCAGAAGCCGGAGCCGAAAGCCAAGGCCAAGGCAGCGGCCAAGGCGACGGCCAAGGCCAAGCCUGCGGCGAAGCCCGCGACCAAGCCCGCGGUGAAGCCGGAGGAGAGCAAGGGCGUCAGCGUGGGGAAGGACGGGGGCGCCUCGGCCUUGGCCAAGUUGCGGACCUUCAGCAAGUGCGUCUUGGGGGAGUACGUCUGGCUGGACGCCGACGGCGUGACCCGGUCCAAGACCAUGACUAUGACUGCCAGGCCUACAAAGGUCGCGGACCUCAAGGUUUGGAACUACGAUGGGAGCAGCACGGGGCAAGCGGACGGCUCCAACUCAGAGGUCCUGCUGAAGCCCCGCGCCAUUUUCAACGAUCCAUUCCGGGGCUAUCCGCAUGUGAUGGUUUUGGCGGAUGCUUGGAAUGCCUGGGACGACCAGCCGGCCAAGAACAACUCCCGGGUGGCAUGCGCGGAGACCAUGGACAUGUACCGCACGCUGGAUCCCUGGUUCGGUAUUGAGCAGGAGUACACUCUGAUGAAGCCCGGCAAGGUGGGCAUGAAGUCGGCAGUGCCUUUGGGCUUCAACGCCGAUGGCAGCGAGCCCGCAGCACAGGGGCCCUACUACACAGGCGCGGGCUUCAAUGUGGCAAUUGGCCGGCCGGUGGCGGACGAGCAUUACAAGAUGUGCCUGGAGGCGGGGGUCAAGAUCUCAGGCAUCAAUGCGGAGGUGAUGCCUGGUCAGUGGGAGUUCCAGGUUGGACCCUGCCGGGGAAUUGAGAUGGGCGAUCACCUCACCAUGGCUCGGUACAUCAUGCUGCGGGUCACGGAGAAGCACGACUGUGUCUGCUCCUUCGACCCCAAGCCGAAGGAAGGCGACUGGAACGGCGCCGGGUGCCACACCAACUUCUCCGUGUCGCCCAUGCGUGCGCCCGGCGGCUAUGACUGCAUCAUCAAGGUGUGUGAGGCCUUUGGCAAAGUUGCCAAGCAGCACAUCUUGGAGUACGGGGAGGACAACGACAAGCGCCUCACGGGCAAGCACGAGACCUGCGACAUCAACACCUUCAAGUAUGGCGUGGCCAACCGCGGCGCCUCCAUCCGCAUCCCCCGCGAUGCUGAGAAGGAAGGCCGGGGGUACAUGGAGGACCGCCGCCCCGGCGCGAACUGCGAUCCCUACCGCGUCACUAGCAUCAUCAUGAAGACCACCGGCGAGUGCCUCAGUGCGGAGACCAUCGAGGCAGGUGGCAAGAUGCAUUCGGCCUUCGUCUUCAUCAAGCCCCACGCGGUCUAUGAAAAGGUCAAGACUCUGGUCAAGGACAAGCUUGUGGCGGAGGGCAUGACCAUCAAGUCGGAGGGGCAGAUUAAGGCCGACAUGAUCGACAAGAAGAAGCUGAUCGACACCCACUACGGCGCCAUUGCCGCGAAGGCAGUUUCCAUGAAGCCGUCCCAGCUGACGGUGCAGACCAAGGCCCAGGAUGAGUUUGAGAAGAUGUUCGGGGUGGCCUGGAGCAAGGUCAUGGAGGAUGGCCUGGUCUUCAACGCCAUGGACGGCGCGAAGAAGCUGGGCGUCUCCCCCGAUGAGCUGGGCAAGAAGUACGACGCCCUCAAGAAAGGUGUGGACAUCAUCAAAUUCGGUGGCGGCUUCUAUUGUGGCAAGGUAGACGACAUCUAUGUCAUCAACGGCUUUUACAUGAACAUGCGCUCGAAGUUCACCGCAAAGGGGGCGAGCAUCUACUACUACGAGGUGGAGUGGCCGGCGGAGAAGAUGAAGUGGGAGGACUUCCGCGGCAAGCUGCUGGGGCCCACAGACCCAGCCACCGCUCCCAGCGGAUCUUUGCGCAACGAGAUCUACAACAAGUGGGUGGAGCUGGGGCUGCAGGCGCAGCCUGACACUGGGGACAACGGGGUCCACGCGUCAGCGAGCCCUUUUGAGUCUUUGGCUGAGCGCUGCAACUGGAUCCGGGCCUCCAUCACCAAGGACGCCUUUGGCAAGGCCUUGCUGGCCAGUGGGAUCAAGAUGCCCAAGAUCAAGGAGUGGUUCAACGAUCCUGCGGUCUCCUUCGAGGGCGACAAGAAGUCCAUCUUCGACCUCCUGGAGGAUAAAGAUGCGGCAGAGUGUUUGAAGAAAUGCAAAGCCAUCGCGGCAGAGAAUCCGUGA